UGUUUGGUUUUGAAUAUACGGGAGCCGAGGCACCUUUGGAGGGAUUUGAUGAAAAUGAGGCGUGGUUGGAAAUCUUCAGGGUACCGAAGCAAAAAGGAGACUUGCACAAUAGUCUCAUCAAGGAUUAUGACGUAUAUAUUCUCCACAGGUUUUUAAGUUAUACAAUGUUAUCGAAAAAAAAGAGGCUAAAAAGUUAAGCAAGAACCAACUCUUCAUAAAUAUUUAUUGUGCCAUUCACAAAAAACCCGUCAAUUGUCUCUCUUUCAUUUGGUCGAACAUAGCACGUAUCCAGGCCGCGAAUAGGUUCUACCCAUCAUCGGUCGCUUAGUGGCAGCCUUGGCAUUUCAUUUCAAAAUUUCUCAAGCGAUGUGGUAGCUUAACGACUUGGAAUUAAAGAUUUUCGCCAAGGCGACGUGGUAAAGAUAGACGGGACAUUGUAUCCCCACGAAGAGCGGGAACACGUAAAGAAAUGCAUUAGGAGCCAAAGCGGAGGACGUGGAAAUGGAGGAGGCUCAUCCGACAUUGCGGCCUAUUGUUAGAGUGCCAAUCUAUGGGAGCCCAAUGGAGAUGAUGAACAAGCUCAAGGAAAUAGCACGAUUGAUGACUACCAACUUCGCUCGGAUGGAAUCUCGGUUCGAUACUUUGGAGGUGAGAGUGGAUUCGAUUGACUCCACACUUGUGGCCCCUUGGACCGUGGAGGAUCUGCAAGGGAAUUUUUCCAAUGAAGACUGAGAUAAAUUGGAAGCAUUAGAUUCUUUGGCAAAGGAGAAGGACAACAACGAGUUCAAGAAGACAAUGCUACUGGCGUUCAGAAAAUAGACACUUAAUGAUAUGUAUAAGAGAUUACAGGAGUAUAACACAAGCUUACAACAGUAUAAUAGUAGACUGCAGUCAGAACUUCAGGCAACAAAUGAGACACUAAAGCGCAUUGCAAGGUGAGGCUAUGAAACAAAAGGAAGCAUUGGGUAGUGAAGUUGCUAGCAUGAGAAGUGAUCUGCAGCAAGUACGAGAUGACUGAGGUCGACAAUUGUUACAAGUCCAGGCUCUAUCGGCUGAAGUUGCAAAAUACAAAGAAUGCACUGGAAAAUCUAUUGCCAAGUUAGACAGCCUGACAACUAAAACAACUGAUCUUGAGUCGACAUGUUUGUCUCAAAGUGAGCAGAUAAACUUCGCAAGAAAUUGCACAACACUAUCCUGGAGUUGAAAAGGAACAUCUGUGUCUUUUGUAGAGUGAGGCCCCUUUUGUCCGAUGAUGGAGUCGGAAACGAUGCUAAAGUUGUCUCAUUUCCAACGUCAACGGAAACGAUGCAUUGAUUUGGCACACAACGUAAACUUUGCUUUACUGAAUUUCACACUACUUGACAAUAACUUAUCAGUGCAAAAGCUUUCUUUCACUUUCGAUAAAGUGUUCAUGCCCGAUGCUUCUCAGGAAGAUGUUUUUGUGGAGAUCUCACAGCUUGUUCAGAGUGCACUUGAUGGCUAUAAGAACCAAAGUAAUUCCAAUAAACCUUUUUCUACUAAUGAACAUCAUCCUUCCUGCUUUGAGAUGGUGCAAGCAAUUGAUAUCCGUAUGCAUCUUUGCAUAUGGCCAAACAGGUUCAGGCAAAACAGAUUCAUUCCAAGAUCACUAGAGCAGGUGUUUGAGACGAGGCAAAUUCUUCAAGCCCAAGGAUGGAAGUAUGAUAUGCAGCAUCAAAUAGAACAUGCUCUGAUGCCUCACGAGCAUAAAAUGCUGGAAAGCAAUAUGCAAUCAAACACGAUGCCAAUGGAAACACUCACGUUUCUGAUCUAACUAUUGUGGAUGUCCGAAGUAGCAAGGAGGUUUCUUAUCUCUUGGAAAGAGCAGCACAGAGCAUGUAGCUGGAAUUACAUGAAUUUUUCCUCCCUUUGUUACUUAUUGUUGUAUCACUCUUAAUACUUUAUACCUUUUAGAUAGGUGAAGCAUUGGUAUUUGUAAAAUUUAUGUAGUUUUCAUGUGGACAUUAUGUUGAACAAUAAGAAAUUGACUGAAAAAUUGUGCCAUUGAAGUAAAGCACAUAAUUUUUUUUUUUUCA